CGGCAACAAACACAUACACACACUCCUCUCCACGCCGGACAGCACAACCUCUGGCCCGCGGCAGCCCGGCAGCCCGGCAGCGGAGCGCAUAUCCAGGCUUCCAGGCACCGCAGCCCGCUGUGACAGUGGACCUAACAGCGCCUUAUUUUGUGGACAUGGGCGACAUGGGGGAUCCGCCGAAAAAGAAGCGACUGGUGUCAUUAUGCGUGGGCUGCGGGAACCAGAUCCACGACCAGUACAUCUUGCGGGUCUCCCCGGACCUGGAGUGGCACGCCGCCUGCCUCAAAUGUGCCGAGUGCAGCCAGUACCUGGAUGAGUCCUGCACGUGCUUCGUCAGAGAUGGAAAGACUUACUGUAAACGGGACUACAUCAGGUUAUACGGGAUUAAAUGCGCUAAAUGCAACAUCGGCUUCAGCAAGAACGACUUCGUGAUGCGGGCCCGGUCCAAAGUCUACCACAUCGAGUGUUUCCGCUGCGUGGCCUGCAGCCGGCAGCUCAUCCCGGGGGACGAAUUCGCCCUGCGGGAGGACGGGCUGUUCUGCCGAGCGGACCACGACGUGGUGGAGCGGGCCAGCAUGGGCACCGGAGACCCGCUCAGCCCCCUGCACCCCGCCAGACCGCUGCAGAUGGCAGCAGAACCAAUCUCGGCCCGGCAGCCCGCGCUACGGCCCCACGUCCACAAACAGCCGGAGAAAACCACCCGCGUCCGGACGGUGCUGAACGAGAAGCAGCUGCACACGUUGCGGACCUGCUACAACGCGAACCCGAGGCCAGACGCCCUGAUGAAGGAGCAGCUGGUGGAGAUGACCGGGCUCAGUCCGCGGGUGAUCCGGGUCUGGUUUCAGAACAAGCGGUGCAAGGACAAGAAGAAGAGCCUGCUGAUGAAGCAGCUGCAGCAGCAGCAGCACAACGACAAGACGAACAUCCAGGGAAUGACGGGCACCCCGAUGGUGGCGGCCAGUCCGGAGCGUCACGACGGCGGCAUCCAGGCCAACCCGGUGGAGGUCCAGAGCUACCAGCCGCCCUGGAAGGUGCUCAGCGACUUCGCCCUGCAGAGCGACAUCGACCAGCCAGCCUUCCAACAGCUGGUCAGCUUCUCGGAGGGAGGACCGGGUUCGAACUCGACGGGCAGCGAGGUAGCGUCCAUGUCGUCCCAGCUUCCAGACACGCCGAACAGCAUGGUGUCCAGCCCCAUCGAGGCCUGAGCGGCCGCAGCGUGUGGGCGGGCGGACGGACGCACGCACGGACUGAACUUGAAACACGGCCCCGAGCCCGACGACCCCCGGCCCCAGGUCCAUCCAUCUCUCCCGACGGCACCAAAAACGACUCCCACGCCCGGUUGUAUUUGACACUGUGAAGACAAUCAUGGGAUUUUUUAUUUACCGCAGCCACCCAUUCCUACGUCCACGCGGACGGACGCGUCACCGCGGCCGGUGCUGCCCGUUUACGCGCCUGGUUACAUUUGCCAAAACGAGAAGACGUGACCGUGACUCUACCGUUGAACGGGACCUCUGAGUAGGAGUCUGUCCAGAACCUGCGAACCGAUGUGCGCUACUUUGAAUAGAAAACUGGUGAUUUUUUAUUAAAUUGAUACACGCACCUCAUCGUAUAAUAGACCAUUCUGGAGGGGAACCGCACUACUUUUCUUUUCUUCAUUUAAUUACACGAUUUCCUUCAUGACCCCAAGUACUAAAGCAUUUGCAACAAGGUAUACCUCUAUUUUGCCACAAGCUUCGUGGGACAUUUGUGUGACUUAGUGUCUGUCCGAUAUUUUUUUUUUCUUUCCCAAAGAUGUGUAAAUUAAUAAUACGUUUAAAAAAGACCAUUAGCUCUGGAAGAAAAUGUUUCGUUUGUUCCCGUGCAACAAAAUUAUUUAUUAUUUAUUGUCGAUAAAUUUGCCACCUUUUGUGUAACUUUCUUAACUGAAGUAAAAAGAAGCAACAACAAAAA